AGCCGUAACCGGAGGAUCACCGUCACCGACCGGCGCAUCCACCGAGAACGAGGCAAGAUGGCGACGAGGGUCAGUUCGAGUACGAGUCGGGUGCUGUGCGUGAAGCCCGAGGUGAACGUUUACCGGAUCCCGCCCAGAGCAUCCAACCGGGCCAUCAGGGCUGCAGACUGGAAGCUGGACGCUCCUGAUUGGACGGGACGGAUGAGAGUGACGGCUCGGGGCAAAGUGGUGUACGUGAAGCUGGAGGACAAAAUAUCUGGUGAGCUCUUCGCUCAGGCUCCGGUGGAUGAAUAUCCAGGUAUCGCCGUGGAAACAGUCAGCGACUCGAGCCGCUACUUUGUGCUUCGUAUCCAGGACGACAACGGUCGCAGUGCGUUCAUCGGCAUCGGGUUUGGAGAUCGAGGAGACGCCUUCGACUUCAACGUCGCUCUUCAGGACCACUUCAAGUGGGUGAAGCAGGAAGAUGAGUUCACCAAACAGGCUCAGGCUCCAGACUACCCCAAACUGGACCUGGGCUUCAAGGAGGGACAGACCAUCACCCUGAACAUCGGGCAAUCCAAAAAGAAGGACAGGUCUCGUCCUCAGGGUUCAGGUGGUCUCGGGCUCCUCCCACCUCCACCUGGGGGCAAGCUGGCUCCGCCCCCUUCAUCCAGAUCCACCAAUCACAACACACAACCGCCAGCAGGAGGAAGUGACACCGGUUGUUUGCUGGACCUGGACUCCAGUAACUCCAACUCUGUGGCUCCGUCCAACCCGACCUCCACCUCCAGCUCCGACCUCUGGGGAGACUUUGACUCCGUUUCCCCAAAGUGAGGAGCUCCAUUCCUCUGUCGUCGCCGUCUGUAAACUUAUGCAGCUCUUUUUGAACCUUUUUGUUUCCUCCGUUCUGGGGUCCCGUGUCUCUCCCUGCCGAGCAGGGCAGCCCUCUGUGCCCCAAACCCUCAGAAAUCACAGCGCAGUCUUACAAUCUAACACUCAGCAGACUCUAGAUCAGUUUAACUCUGCCGCUCCUUCCCCUCCGGUGUUUUAUUUCUGAUGUAGAUUAAAACAUAAUAGAGAUAUCAAGGGAGUCGUCUCAGCCGUACCUAAAGAUGAAAUCUAUCAAUGAAGGAGUUUAAUGUACAGAGAAUAUUUAUUUUAAUGUGUAUAUAUGGUCAGUGGUUUGUAAUUAUGGUCUGUGGUGUCGUCUCUUCGUGUAGCUUCUCCUCCAAGUCUCAGCAGUGGGACUGAAUUUAUGCACUGACUGACGGUCCAGCCGUCCAAUAGGAGGCCUAGAUUAUCGCUCAGCUCACCACAAAGUGAUUCUACUUGAAAGAGAGCGGGUGUGAUUCACUGGAGACUCUGCUGGCUGUAAAUCAGGAGGCUGGAUGGGAGAGGCGACAAGUGCUUUUAUCCGAGCCUCCGGGGGAAAAGUCGUGGUUAUGUCAUCCUCACAGCUGGAGGAGCGCGGCCUCCUUCCUCCUCCUCAGAGAUCAUCGCAUGUCGUUUACUGUGAACUUUAUUCCAUAUCCAGAUGUUGUUAACUGACGAAGAGGAACAGAUGUGUUGUUGUGAUGCUCGUUUCAGAGGCUGGUUGUGUCACGCCGGUAUCACGGGUUGUGUGUGUGUGUGUGUGGGUGCGUGUUUGUCGUCCAGAUUAUGUGCAUAUCUCCCAGACGUUACCUGUAAUUCAAACUGUAAAUGUGUACGGAAAUGAAUAUGCAAAGAAAAAUAUAAAGAAAACACUCAACGAACGAAA